AUGGUAUCCACGGCAAAUACCAAUAUCACGGACACAGUCCUAAGGCUUCUUGGCGCGACAUUUGUUUACUGUGUUUCAAAGGCCCUCUAUCAGGUGUUAUUCCACCCGCUCUCUUCUGUCCCAGGAGAUUGGUACGCAGUAUGCACGUCUUUGUACGAGUUCUGGUGGAAUUGCCCCAAGUCGGGUCGAUACUUCUUCAAAGUUGAAGAGAUGCAUCGCAAAUAUGGACCCAUUGUGCGCAUCAACCCAUGGGAGGUCCAUAUUAACGACCCGGCUUUUUGGGACAUUCUUUAUUCCAAUAGCCGAAUGGAGAAAGACCCCAUAUAUUACGGCGGAUUUGGGAUAAACGGUGCCGCAGUCGCAACCGUAUCCCCAGACCUUCAUCGGAUCCGGCGGGGAGCUUAUGCUCAGUUUUUCUCGAAAGCGCAUGUUGGGAAGUUAGAACCUCGAGUUCUGUCCCGUGUGAAACAGCUGUGCACGCGAAUUGAACAGCACAUGGCCAACGAUAAGGCGAUUGAUAUUCAGAAUGCCUAUCGAUGCCUCGCUACCGAUAUCAUCACGGAUUAUGCCGCUCCGAAAACACGAAACUUCCUCGACAGCUCUGAUUUCGCAGCAGUUUUCAACCGUGUGCUUAGAGACACUGCUGGUAUCAUUAACUGGAACCGACACAUCCCCAUCAUAUAUCCACUCAUCACUUCGAUUCCGAGAGGAGUUAUCGCGUUUCUCGACCCACAAGGACAGAGCUUGGCUAUCAUUGAUAAUCAAAAUGAUCUUCUCUCACAAGCUCGGGCGGUAGUCGAACAGAAAGAACAGACAAAAGAAACUCCAACAGUACUUAACGCUAUCUAUACAUCUACCACGCUUCCCGCAGAGCAGAAAUCCUUUACCAGGAUAUGGGAGGAGUGUGUGACAAUUAUCGGAGCAGGGACUGAGACCACCGGAAACACCCUUUCGGUUCUAACGUAUUACGUUAUCGCCAAUCCAUCUAUUCAGUACAAGUUGAAAAAAGAACUCGAAAUGGCUGCUGCGGACUCCGGCACUCCCCCGGACGGUCUACUUACGAUUCGCACUCUAGAACCACUGCCAUACUUAAAGGCCACGAUGAAAGAAGCGCUGCGAGUAAGCUCUUCGGUUGUUGGACGCUUGCCUCGUCGGAACCCUACAGCAGCCAUGAUUUACACAGCACCUUCUGGUAAGACUUACACGCUCCCGCCCAACACCGUUGUAUCGAUGUCCAUACGCGACAUGCAUUUCAAUGAGAGCAUAUUCCCAGAACCCAAAGCAUUCAAUCCUGAUCGGUGGAUAGACGCGAGCCCGGCAGAGCUUGCACAGAUGGAGAGAGGAUUUGUACCGUUCGGAAAGGGUGUGAGACAAUGCGUUGGGCUCGACCUCGCGAAGCAAGAGAUUCUCCUCGUGGCAGGUAAUUUGUUCUGGAAGUACCACCUCGAAUUGUUCGAUACCACGGAGAGGGAUGUAAGUACUGAACACGACUUCUUCUCGCCGUUUGCCCCAGCAGACAGCAAGGGAGUAAGGGUCAAGGUUUGUUCUUCGGACAGAAGAAUUUGA